AAUUACUUCGUACUCAAAAGUAAGAAUUAAAAGAAGUAAAUGUUACUUCUUUCAAUAGGUCUGUUAGGUUAUAGCCCUUUUUUGACUUGGAAAAUUUGGUAGUAUGGGCAAAGCGUCUGCUUUUAUCAGCAGCAAUUUACUGAUAAUUAACCUACAAGCUAUCUGCGAGAUUUACUGUGCCCUUACCUGCUGCAACAGUGGUGAUGAAAUACUGAAUACAGGAUUGACAAUGCAUUUUGCUAAGGCACAUCCAUGGCUAUCAUCAUCAUGACCAGUUGUUAGAUUUCAUGCCAUAUUCAGGCACAGUUGACAUAUAUAAACUUGAUUUCAGUAGACAUACACCCAUCUUAGGAAAUCUAGCUUUUAUACAACAGUUAAAAAGCCUUUUUUUAGGAAUUACUUCAAAGGAAUUUGUGCAUUAUGUUGGUAGACUUGUGUGAUCAUAGAGCGCAGUCAAGGAUUAAGACAGACAGAGUGUCAUUUGACGGGUAUGAGGUACAAAAUCUUGUAUCCAGUAACACAGAGGAGAAGAGGAAGGGAUUCUUGUCUGACCAUUUCAUCAAACCACCAGUAAAUGUAACUGUCCAGUUCCCUUGCAAUGUUUCUAUUUAUAGAAUUGUCAUUGAUCCAGUGAUUGGUCAACAAAAGUCAUGCGAUUUAAAGAUAUUCACUGCAUCUGAGAAAAUGACAGACUCCUGGCUGUACAACAAUGUUACUGAUAAAAAAGUUCAUACAGACGGGAUCGUGUUUAAUUAUGUUGGAAGUGUGACUCAAGUUGACCCAACUGUUGUUUGUUUCAUAAAUAAUCAGUUUAAAGAAAGAAAUUUAUGGAGGAUUGAAAAUAUUCCUGAUGUAAAAACUUAUCCAUGUAUAGCACAGCUAAAUACCAGGAAACCAGGGGACUGUUUAAUGUUAGCCAUGUUACUGUAUGUCUUAAUCGUAGUAAAGGUGGUAAAUCUGUUAUUAAAAAGACUCGAGAUUUGGGGAAUUCCCUCAGUGAAAGUACCCUACCCAGUACAGAAUACACUGAGAAAUGUGUUUAUUGCAGCAACUAGAAAGACAGAAGACUUACAAAAAACUGUACCUCAGGAUACUGGUUUGUCAUCCAAAUUAAUUGUUGAUAACUCAUCAAAUAAUGCGAACAGAAUUUUGAUCGAUGGAGUUUCAGUGCCAGAUGAUUUCAUUGAUCAAAUUACAUUUGAAAUUAUGACGGUUCCUGUCAUGUUACCAUGUGGCAGAAACGUUGAUCAAUCAACUCUUGAACGCUACGUGAACACAGAAGCAUCGUGGGGUCGACCUCCAAGUGAUCCAUUUACUGCGGUUAUCUUCAGUCCAGGCUCGGGUCCUGUCACUAAUACAUCACUCAAAGCAAGAAUCGAUCAGUUUGUUUUGAAACAUUCACUGAACGUUCCUCAGACUUUAGGAUAUUCAGAUGUUCAUAAAGCUAAGAAACACACAAUAGUUUCAAGCAAGCUAGUGUCCAGUCAACCAAUAUUUGAAAGCAUGUGUAAAUAUUCAGUUCCUAAAUUGUCAGAAUGUACAACUAGUCAAAAUAUAACACAUAGAUCAGAACUAGACCAGGAGAUCAGAGUGAGUAAAGAUCAGACAAGAUUUCCUAAUGAAAUUGAAACCGGUGUAAGUCCUGAUACCUCUCUUCCUGGGAGUCUUAAAAGAAGACAUUCUGAUAGGAAAUUACUUCAAUCUAGGUCAAAAGACAAGCUCAGUGCAGGGGAAGACCGGUUGUGUAUUGAUUUAACUAGUGAUGUAGAAAUGACUAAAAUUACUCCAACAAAAAAGCAAAAGGUGAAAAGUACUGACCAUAAUAGCAACCUUUCACGUAGUCUUGAUAGUGCCUUAUUAUCUGCUCUGGGAAGUCUUCCAUCAUUUACAAAGAAAUCUUCCCAACGGUCGUCAGUUGAUACCAGUGACAGAGUUCUUUCAUGCUCUAAAUGUAGGUCUGAUCUUACAAAAUCUGAUGUGAUAAAGUACAAGACAACAUGUGGUCACUUUAUUUGCAGAUCCUGCUUGGUUCUGGAAGCUACUUGUUUUUCAUGCAAUAUUUGUUACAGUCAGUGUCAGUCAAGUCAGACUGUGAGAAUGUUUUAGAUCCGAAUUCAAGGUUAUUAGGCUCAGUUUGGGACCAGCCUUUGAACUACAAUGUUCAGCUGAUUGGGUGCUCUAGAGCACAAUCUGAGAAUUGACCAGUGGAUGCGAUCCUAGAUUUCCAAAUGCAGGGUCCAGAGUUAUUACUGAGUUAGGAGUCCAGUCUGAAACAAUAACAUUUGAAUUUUGAUUGGCUGAACAGAGCACAAAUUUGAAAUCGACCAAUGACAAUGCUGCAUUCUUAGGUUGGUCUCGAAACUCAGUUUAAAUAACCUUGAACCCAGUUCUGUAAUUUAAAGGCCUGACACAUUAUUCACAUAGAACUAUUAAAUAAUAUAUAAUUGUUUUGUACAUGUUGUAGAGCUCUUUGUUGUCACUGAGAUUUUUGUAAUGAAAAAGGCACAUCCUAUAGUUUCCAUCGCUCAUCUUUGCUCGCAUAGGGUUUUUCCAUUCAAUUUGUAAUUUAGGAAGCAGUAACUUGCUAUGGCUUAGAACAGUCAGGGAUGUAACUGUUUUAAGUUAUGUAACCUAUUUCAGGUACUUUUUCAAGCAUUUUAUAACCUGUAUUAGUUAUAAAAUAUAGUUAACUCAGGUAAGUUAUUCAAAAAAAGUGUUUCUGCUGUUCUCACAGAGUGACCUUUAAAGUGAAAUUAGUAGUAAACAGUGGUUAAUCAAAUUCUCUUUUAGUGGUAUCAUGACCUGAUAAGCAUAAUGGGAUGUUAAGAGAUUUAUAGCUUUAAAACUUUUGCGUAAAACUUUAUCAGCCUUGCAUAAAAAAUUUUACUGCAUAGCUGGAAAGAUAAAAGGUCAAGGAUUCAGGAAAUAUUUGCAUUAGUCUCAUUCAAAAUGAGGAAUUGGCACAGGAGGGGUUUGUAGUAUUUUAUGUUAACUGAAACAAGUUAUGAAAGUAUAAGCAAUAACUCAAAUGGGUUAUAAACUACGAUAAAUUGAAACAGUUACACCUCUGACUGUAGAACAGUUGAGGCAGCUGUUUAAAGGAAAAAUGGCUGAUGAAAAACUAAGUGUAUCAAAGUAAAAAAGAAUCAUUAACAGUGUGUUUAAUUUUCUGUCCAUGUCAAAGAUAUUUGAGACAUGUCUAUCUCACCCUGAGGUGCUAUUUGCUUCAGUUUGAGAGAGACUUCUGAAAUAUAUAGAAAGAUGCCCAUUUGGCUAUAAUCUAUUUAGAACUUCAGAUAUAUAUGUUCAGUUGGAAAAUUUAUUAAUCUUUUUGUAAAAGGGAGACAAUAAGAUUUUGACAUAUGCAGAAAUUUGCACCGCAAGGUGUUGAACUUUUUGUCUCAUUUGAUAGAUGUUGUUGUCAGCUAGUUACACAGAGGAAUAGUCAGAGCUAUUUUACUCAUCCUGGUGUUGGCGUCAGCGUUAUAGCUAUCAUUUAAAGGCAUAUAGCAACGAAACUUAUUUUUUUCUUUUUUCUAGGUCAAUAACCAACCUCACUUGGACAAGUACCUUAACUCUGACAUGUAUUUGGCCAAAUUAUGCCCCCUUUGGACAUAGAAAAUCCUGGUUAAAGUUUUGCAUGCAAGUUACUAUCUCCAAAACUAAUGCAGAUAUUGAAUUGAAACUUCACAUGUGUCUUCUGGGUUAUAAAACUAGGUGAUAGCAUCAAGUCCCAAAACUCGGAUAUGCAUUUCGGCCAAAUAAUGCCCCCUUUUGGACUUAGAAAAUCCUGGUUAAAGUUUCACAUGCAAGUUACUAUCUCAAAAACUAAUGCAAAUUCCUGGUAUUGAAUUGAAACUUUUCAAGUUUCUUUGGGUUUAUAAAACUAGGUGAUAGCAGUGGUUGGGAAAGAAAUUUUGCAAUGUGAAAAAUCCCCUCUUAGCCCUGAAAUUAAUGGGGAAUUUUCAAAUUCAAUGGAGCUUUUUAAUUUCAGUAAAAAAUAUCAACAAAAAGUGCAUAAUCUGAUGCAUCCAAAACGCGUACUCUUUCUACCUCUAGAUUCAUUUUCAACAUUUCAACUUACCGUAAUUUUCUAUAAAGAAAUAGAGGAAUGAAAAUGUAAUGCAAUGCAGAUCUUUUUUAUUUACUGAAUUACAUUCGAAAUCUAAUUCAUUCCGUUGCUACUGUUACGAUAAAUAAAAUGUCAAACAUAAAAACUUCGGCAACGUCAGCCAUUUUUGUUACCGGUUGGAAGUUGUCCUGAUAGUGGUCUUUUUCACCAUGCUUUGCGCUAUUCAUUUCAAAUGCAAAUCAAACAAAAACUGCUCGUGACUAAUACUUAUAGAUAUACUUUUCUAACGAUACCUGGCAGAAAAUAAAAUUCAAAAUUUUUACUGGUUGAAAUUGUCAAUAUAUUUCUUAUUUUUAUCAUUUCUCAGCAACUACGGAAUGCAGAAAAUCCAGCUGACCUGUGAUGUAAAGAGAUUUUUCUAACGAACAUUUUGAUUGGAUCAUUGCAUGCAAUCGUAAAUUGAAACUCUGCAGAAAGUGAUUUAUUUUAGCAUAGGUAUCCGCAGAAAGUACCACUAUGGCGCGUCAUUGACUCGGUCUCGAUUUAAUGAUAUAUUUUUUUUACCGAUUUUUGCGACUUAAGUUUUUUUUUCUGCCAGGAUUUUCGCACAUUUUAUGGGAAUUUCAGUGGGUCUUUUUUGAACUGAAUGUGUGAAAUCGUGCAUUGUGCCCUCCUUUCCCAACCACUGUUAUAGCAUCAAGUCCCAUAUCUCUGACAUGUAUUUUGCCAAAUUAUGUCCCCAUUUGAACUUAAAAACUUCUAGUUGAAGUUUUGCAUGCAAGUUACUAUCUCCAAAACUAAUGCAGAAUCUGAUACUGGAUUAAAACUCUAUAGAUAUUUUAACAUUUAGGGUAAUAUUUUUGCUUCUGGGGAAACAAUUUGAAUAGUCGAGCAUUGGUUAUCUUACGGACAGCUCUUAUUAUUUAAAAAAAUCUUUUUUUCUUCAGUUCGCAUGUAAAACCAGGGUAUUACUCUGAUAAUCAUCAAAACUUGAUUCCUUUAUAUGAUUAAAAAAUUGUUCAAAUGUUGUGUAGCUUUUCAAACCAACAAAUAAACACAGAUGUUUACAGUA